GCAACAAAGGCACAGUGUUAGUGUAAUCUCAUAUCAUUGGUGCUUGGGGUUAACUGAGACCUUUUGGCAGAAGUAAUAGUCCCUCCCAUAUAUACUGUACUUCCCCUCUGCCUGCUUAGGUCCCGUAAGAAGGAAGUUCCAGGUCAUUCUUCCAAAGUAGAGCUAUUUAAGAGUCAGAACAUUUGGCAUUGCCUUCUCAGACCAGCAACGGCCAGGCUGCCUCAACAACGUGGGAAGACAUGGAUAUCAAGGAUUCACCUGUGAAGGGAGGUGUCACAAUAAUUCACACUGAGGAAGAUGGGAAGCACCACUAUCAAGUGGAAAAGGUUCUCCGGUUUAAAAAAGGAGGUCUAGGGGGCGGGGCAUUUGCAAGCCACGGGGAUAUGUUUGUAAAGAUUAAUGGAUUGGACUUAGAAGAUGUGGCCCCAGAGGAAUUUGCCAAAAUGUUGGCAAAGGAACACCCUAUGUUGACAAUUCUCCCGGCCAGCCGUCCUCCACCCGAGACAUGCCCAGAGGGUGAGGUCCUCCAACCAGUUACCAAAGAGAAUAUCAUGUUCAGCUUCUCCUUAGAAAUGAGAAGAGAGGAUGACAUGGAAAACCUGGAGAUUGACGGUUAUCCCCCGAGGGAUGAUAUCACAAACGAGAAUGUCAGCGCAGUUGACGAUGAUGACGAUGAUGACGAUGAUGACCUGAUCCUGGUUGCCAUGAGGAACACCACCAUCUCUGUGAUAAGGGGGCGCGGCAACUGUGAUGGGAAACCAUGUGACAUCAACGAGGUGGUCAUGGUCGCAGAGUCCAGCAAAAUCACCCACGUGUCAAGAGGAAUGGGCAACCUUGAAAAUGUUAAGCAGUGGGACAACACAUACAUUGAAAACUUUAUCGAUCGUAUGUACCUUCGAAGUCAGCCCACACGAGCAAGGAAGAUUAUUCCAACACUGUCAGAAAAUCCAGAGAAGAUCACAAUCUAUCACUACAAGUCAGACUGUGUGGAUGGAGAUUUUAAAGGGGUUCCUGUGGUCCUGAACUUCACCAACUCUAACUGUUUCCUCAAGUGUGUUCAGGAUGGAAAGAGAGUCUUUCUUAAUGUUGAGGCUUGUGACAAAAAUAAACUAAAAAGCAUCAAGAAGGACGACAUGGACGUGUUGCCGUUUGUCUUUUACAUGAAGGCAGAAGGUAGCAAAACGAGGCAGUUUGAGUCUGCUGUCUGCCAGGGCUGGUUCAUCCACACUUCAGAUCAGUUCAAAGUAGUGUUGGAAAAACCCCAGACGACAGCGGACAAAUCAUUCUUCUUCAUCAUCCACAAAUGAAAAGGAGGGUUUGUUUACUGUAUGGUCCAGUGUAUGUUAUGUCAGAGUAUGUUUUGUUUUUGUAAUUUUAUAGUUGAAAAUUAAAAUAGAGCGGUUGGAUGCUGAUAUUGCAAAAUGUACGGGAUAUGUAAGAAUGUGUCAGAUGCAGCGGGAAGUAAAUAUGUAUCAUACAAAUAAAGUUUUUUUCUAUAAUU